GAUAGUUCUCACAGCAAUGUCUGGAAAAGAUAAACUUCCUAUUUUCCCUUCUCGGGGGGCACAAAUGUUAAUGAAAUCCCGACUACAAGGGGCAACAAAAGGUCAUGGCUUACUGAAGAAAAAAGCUGACGCAUUACAAAUGCGUUUCAGAAUGAUUUUGGGUAAAAUUAUUGAGACUAAAACACUUAUGGGCGAAGUGAUGAAAGAGGCAGCGUUCUCAUUAGCCGAAGCAAAAUUUACAACUGGAGACUUUAAUCAAGUAGUUCUACAGAAUGUGACAAAAGCACAAAUUAAAAUCCGUUCUAAGAAAGAUAAUGUGGCUGGUGUUAAUCUUCCCGUAUUUGAAUCAUAUCAAGAUGGCACAGAUACAUACGAGCUAGCAGGUUUGGCAAGAGGUGGUCAGCAGCUAGCUAAGUUAAAAAAGAAUUAUCAGAGAGCAGUGAAACUGUUAGUGGAAUUAGCAUCUUUGCAGACAAGUUUUGUGACUUUGGACGAGGUUAUUAAAAUCACAAAUCGCCGUGUUAAUGCUAUUGAGCAUGUUAUCAUUCCAAGAAUUGAAAGAACUCUUGCUUACAUAAUUUCUGAGCUGGAUGAAUUGGAGAGAGAAGAGUUCUAUCGGUUAAAGAAGAUUCAAGACAAAAAGAAGCAAGCAAAAGCCAAGCUUGAUGUAAUCAGGGCAGAAAUGCUUGCUGCUGGCCGAGAAAUCGAAACGCCGAACAUGCUCGAUGAAGGAGAUGAUGAUAUUUUGUUCUAAAACCUGUACAUAGCGUCUUUUCACACCGAAGUAUUAAAAGAAAAGUAUGUUUUAAUUCUGAAUGAAUGUGUCAAGUGCGAAUUCAGUGAAGUAUGAUAAUACAGUUGUUCCCCCUCAAAAAGUUUCCUAGGCAAUACUGAUUUCAAAGGAUAGCUGUAUUGAAAGAUUAUGUUACCGAAAAGUAACAGAUAAUGGUGGCCUACACAGCACUGUUAACAUGUUUUCAUUGUAAUGUGUAAUAUACUUCAGAAUCUAUUGCUGUACCAUAUUUGAAAAAUGUUAAUAUUUGCUGUCGGGGCACUUGUCACUGGCUUGUUGAAACUCCUACUCUAUAUAAGCGCAUUCAAACUGUUCGUGUUGUUAAUAUAUCAAUACAGAAAUCAUGAAACGCAAACGAUUCGCGGGAGAUAUUGUGAAAGGUUAUAGAAUCAAGUGUUUAGUAAGAAUUUACGACUAAUAAACG